AUGAUAACUUAUUUAGAUAAUACACCAGUAGGUGAUUUGAUUCGAGCGGUUUCAGUAAAACACGCCAAUCAAACAAUCUUCAAACAUCCAGCAAUGCUAUUGCUUGUUCAUGAAUCACACUCCAUUUUCUCUCGUGUGCAACAUAAUGCAAAACUUGCCACACUCACCGUGUCUGACGUUCUGUCGUACAGUUUACAGUAUCGUUCCAUUAUUCGAUCAACACUUUCAACAAUUUCUGUAUCAGAAUUUGAAAUUAAAGAAUUACUUACCACAGCAGAGCUUAUUUGGUCGCUUGUUGAAGCUAUUUUCAUUAAAACUCAUGAUUCAUCUGUUGUUGUUGACCUAAUGACUUGGGCGCGUUUCUGCUUGGCACAUACUCCAUACGUUGAUGAAAUUUCAAACUUACUUCGUGGCAGCAAAAUAAAAAGGCUCAACAAAGAACAUUUUUGGCAUCAGAUUAUCUAUUUUAUCCUAAGUGGUAUGUUCAACAAUGCAGUUACUUUUCUGGAAACAUACGGUAAUUUGUGUGAUGAUGAUGCUGUGCGAUGCUUGGCCAAAGUAGUUUCCGAAAUAAAAAUGGAUUUAUUAAGUGAUGAAAAUACUGUCUCGGAUUUUAUCAGUGCGCAGGAGGAAGUACGUAACAUGUGUACAAGCGGACUUUUUCGAACUAAUGCUGAAGCUGAGAAGGUGGCGAUGAUUAUUGCCGGUGACAUUUCCACCAUAACAUCAGUUUCAGUUCAGCUGGACAAUUGGUUUGAAUUGGUACCACCGUAUUUAUUAUUCGUUCAACCAGGUGCUACUCUUCCUCAACUUAGAGAUGUUGUUAAGGAUUGUUUAAAAAUUUUCGGCGUAAGUAAAUGUAAUGGAAUUGAUGCUGUAAUGUGUGAGCUCUUUUCAUUAGAAGCACUGCGGGCUCUUCAUCGAAUUUCAACAUCAAGUACCAACUGGUGGUUUCCAGCUCAUCUAGCAGAUUUAUUACAAAAAGCUGAUGAACGGAUAACAAGUGCUUUUGGUACGGAUAUACGUCAAUACCUGAUUAUCGAAUAUGGAUCGUCACUCUUCAGUGAACCUGGAUUGUGGCAAGUGGGAUUUGAUUAUCUUCGUGAAACUGGUGAUGAAGGAUUGGCUCAUUUAGAGUUAUUAAUAGGACAAGUACCUGUGGACAACGAAACUGUUGCUACGAAGUUAUGCUCAUUAUGUGAUGAAGUAGGUUUUGAUCAAACACGAAAGGAUAUUACGCGAACUACGGCCUACAGGCUGUUGCGUGCAAGGAAAUGGGGCAGCGCUCUGUCGUGGGCCAUAAGGUCACGUGAUAUCGAAAUUGUUUCUACCAUUGCUGAUUAUGUGGUCAUGCAAUGUGCACCUGAUCAAUUUUCGUCCAUUACCGUUGUUGAGCAUUUCACAGAAGUGAUGUUACUUUCUUCAUCAUUUGCAUUCUUGCAUCGGUAUUAUAAAUUUCGAAAACUGUUAGAGUCAGACCAGAAAAUCAAAGCUGCCGAACUGCUGGUAGAACUGAUUGUUUCAAAUUUAGUUCCAAGGAAGUUUGAUAUUAUACUUGUAUCCGAUUUGAUUUCUAUUCUCGGUUACGAUGAUGAGGUUCUUUUAAGUAAAGAUGGUACUGAGCAGCUGUUAGAACAUUUAAUACACUAUGAAGCAGACGGUCCGUUUGAUCAUAAUUUUGAUAUGUGGAAAAUGCGUUUACGUACAGCACGUUACUUGUUGUUACAAAAUUUGGCUCGUACUAUCACUUCCUCUUCAUGA